AUGGAAACGCCUGAAUUACCCCUGGAGAUUAUUUCCUACAUCCUGAGUUUCCUGCAUGUGUCAGAUAGGAAGGAAGCCUCAUUGGUCUGUAGGAGGUGGUAUGAAGCCAGUUUAGACCAUCAGUUUCAGAGAAACCUCACCUUCAGGGUUCCCGCUUCUGUUUCAUCGUUGAAAGUAAUCCGAGGCCUGGGGAGACGUUCUCAGUUUGGAUUGGUCAUCAGCCACCUUGACGGCUCUAGCGUGUCUCGGGCGUUACUCACGGAGGUGGGUGUUCAUCUGGGAACACGACUGGAGAGUCUGGCCCUCCCGGGGAGCAGUUUAACCGAAUCUUCCCUCCUUAGCCUCCUGCCUCAACUCACAGGUCUACGCAAGCUGGACCUGCAUGGAUUGGACAGCCUUUUCAUGUCUGGAACCUUCUUAUCACGAGAGGAGCAGCGGAAACAGGUUCGCGCUGCCCUUGAGGACUUGGAGGAGCUUGACCUUUCCGACCUGCGCUAUCUGUCUGACCUGACCUUCAACCGCCUGACGGGCUGCACGCCCCGUCUGCAGCGUCUGGCAUUGGCCGGCUGCCACAUUGCCUUUGAGUUUGACCCGUACCGCGGCUGCCCGGUAGGGCCCGACUCCUCGGCUCUCCUUUCCCUCCGGAACCUGCGCCGCUUGCUGGUGGAGCAGGUCUCCACGCUCCGCGGCCUGGACCUGAGCCGCACCAGCAUCACUCCCGAGUCGCUCCGGUCCCUGGCCCAGGUGCAGGGCCUCCAACUGGAGGAGCUGCGCCUCCGUGGUUGUAAGGAGCUGACGGACGGCGCCGUAGAGUUGCUCUGCAGGCACCAGUCCAAACUCAGGAUCUUGGACCUCAGCGCCUGUACGGAGCUUACCAGCAGGAGCCUGCUGGCCGUGGCCUCCUCUCUGAAGGAGCUGAGGCUCCUCUCUCUGUCGCGAGAUUGGAAGGUGACGGACAAAGGCUUAGCGGAGCUGAUGAGGCUUCCGUUCCUGAGGUCUCUGGACCUGUCAGAGUGCUUGCACAUCAGCGGGGCGGAGCUGGUGAAGGGACUCUCUUCUCCACAACCAAAGGCCCAGAUUGAGAGACUCAGCUUUAGAAACUGCACCUACAUCAGGGAUGUAACCGUAUUUUCCCUGGCCCAGUUGCUGGGUCCUGGCCUUCGAGAGCUGGAUCUCUCUUCUUGCGUCUACCUCACCGAUCUGAGUGUUCGUGCUAUCGCCACAUACCUGCCCGGGCUGCUGGUAUUGCGGCUGGCCUGGUGUAAGGAGGUCACCGACUGGGGCCUACUGGGAAUGGUGGAGCCAACCAAAGACUGUGAUCCCCAAAAGCAAAUGGAGGACAAGGGGCCAAGAUUCACUCGCACCUUUGGGAACAUGGGCUUUUUCCAGCCUCCCAGCAUGCCUUUCUUGGAGAAGCCACGGCUGGUGACUGAAGAGGACCUUGGGACUUUUAGGGAACAGGAAGGGGCCUCACUGCUAGCGCUCAGGGGGUUACGGGAACUCGAUCUGUCAGCCUGCUCCAAGCUCACUGACGCCAGCAUCACACAGGUCAUACGUUUCCCGAACCUGCAGCGGCUCUCUCUGUCUAUGCUGUCUGAGAUCAGCGACGAGAGCCUGGUGUCUAUUGCCCAUCACUGCCGCAGUCUGACCAGCCUGGCACUCAGCCGCUGUUCUCAGAUCAGUGACCUGGGCAUUGCUCAGGCCGCUCCACACCUGCCCAGGCUUCAGCACUUACACCUGGCCUGCUGUGACGCUGUCACAGACCGGUCUCUGACCGCUCUGGUGCAGCACUGUAAGAGACUGCGCACGCUGGACAUCUCUAUGUGCAAUAACAUUUCCAUCACCAAGGUGGAUUCUCUACACUCACAACUCCCUUUCCUGGAAAACGUCCAGUGCCGUUUUGUGACUGGAGCAGGCUUGAACCUCACACUGUGA